UAAAAUUCAUUUCGGCUGAACCAAAACACGGUGUUGAAACUGUAAUUGCAUUGAAUGCCGAUACUCGUGUAUCUUGUCGCGUAAUCCCAAUUAUUAUAGACAUUACUCAGUUAACUCCACUCAACAUUGCAAUGUAAUGAUGAAGAAAAAUCAUUUAUAUUUUAUGUUAAUAGUUCCUAAUUAUAUCCUGACCAUCCAAUCCCCUUCAGAACCAGCUACUUGUCUGGUAACAGGAGAUCCCCAUUACAAGAGUUUUGAUGGACACAGACACGACUUCCAGGGAGGAAACUGCAGAUUCACCGUCAUAAAAACCGAAGACUUUGAGGUCAUUGGAACAAAUAAACACAGGGGUGACAACAAGAAUGUAGCUUGGAAUGAUGCCGUGGAAAUUAUCAUCAAUAAGGUUAAAGUAUAUCUCGGACCAGAAGGAGAACUGACGGUAAACGGUAAAAAGAAGACCCCUCCUUACGCUAAAAUAUGGCCUGGCACCGCUGAGGAAAUGACGAUCAAGAGAGCCGGCGAAAGCAUUAUCGUAAAACUGAAACUCAACGACGGAUUAGAAGCUCUAGAUCUGAUCUGGGACGGUAACAGCACAGUAUCCUCCACCAUCCACGGCAUGUACUACCAAGGUACUACCGGGCUAUGUGGAUCCUGGGACGAUAACGCUGAAAACGAUCAGAUUAGCAGCGCGGGAGAGGAAAACGAUCUUAACGAGUUCGGGUGGUCUUGGAAGAUAGAUGGUGACGUUUGUGAGGAGGAACCCCAGCCACCGCACCCCUGUGACGAUACCUUCUUCCCUACUGCCAAGCCUAUCGCAGACCAGGCCUGUGAUAUCCUCAUGGCGGCACCAUUCUCUGACUGCCACGGGGUAGUAGACGUGGAGACUGCUCUGUACAACUGUAAAUACGACACAUGUUCUUGUUAUGAUAACUCGUGCGCGUGCCACGCGGUUAAGGAGUAUGUUAAGGAGUGCCAGGAGAAGGGAGUUGCCACUCUUGGUGCUUGGAGAGACAAGGCUCCAUACUGUACUCUAACAUGUCCUGAAGGGUUCUCAUACGACUCAUGUGGUUCCUUUUGUCCCGCAACAUGCGGUGACAAGGACCCAGACUGCGGUAAACAGGAGGGACAGUGUAACGAGGGCUGCUUCUGUCCUAAGGGAAUGUUCUUGGUUGGAGAUGAGUGUGUGGAUGAAAGUGGGUGUCAGUGUGAACAUGAUGGUGAAGUUAAGGAGAUUGGUUCAAGCUGGGACGAUGAAGACAUCUGCAAAGAUUGCGUCUGUAGGGACGGUGGAAUAGUCGUUUGCGAGAAGAUGAAAUGUAAAACAUGUCCCGCUCAGGAACUGCCAGUAUAUGAGGAUGGUGAAUGUUGUCCAAAAUGUGUGGAAGACUGGUUGUCAACUGAACAGGAAUCUUAUGAGGACAUCGAGAGACUGUCAAACCUCACUAUAUCUUGUACUGCUGCCGUACAGAAGGCUAAGGUCCAGUGGUUGUUUAGCAAUGAUGAUGGGGAAAACUGGGAGGAAAUCGAGGGAGCCAAUGAAUUCGAGUACACUAUUAAUAAAAUAACAGAGGGAAAUGAUGGUAUAUACAAAUGCAAAGCUAGAGCUAGCUUCAAAACACAAGAGGAGGUCACCAGUGUUAAAACGGUUGAGGCUGGUCCUGAAAAGGUUUCCUUUGGAGAAUACGAAGUUACACCCAAGAGGAACAGGGCUAACCUGGUAUGUAAAAUAAAGGAUUCUGCUUUUGAUGCUGAUGCUGAGGUGAAGUUUUACUGGAUAAAGAAUGGAAAGCAAGGGGACCUUAUCAGCGAUAAACCAAAGUUUGCCAACAGCAAAGGAGAGGCAACGUAUUCUGUAGCUAAAUUCAAGACAAAGAGAAACAAAAAUGCACCAUCAGAGAUCGCCUGCAUUGGAGUUAGCGCAGAUGGAAAGAAGUUGGCCGAGGGCAAAAUAACUCUGGUUAAGAAGAAGAAGAAAGAAAAAAAAGUAAAAAAAGUAAAGAAAGUAAAGAAACCAAAAAAGAACAAGGACUAGAAUUCGGAAAUAAGAAGGACAUGAUACUCGUUGUGCGAAAAGAGGUUUACAACUUGUAUCAAAGAAAGACUGAGAGUAAAUAUUUUUAAGAUUGAGAGAAAACAUUUCAAAAGUAAGACUUAGUUUUUCAAAAGUAAGAUAUA